UUUCUCUCUCCUCUUUUUCUUCCCUCCACGAUAACAGUCCCCUAUAUCGUGGAAGAUAGAUAUGUGAGGAUGGCAGCUACCUUUCCGCGGUCUUCCCAUCCAGAGGCCGAACGGGAAAGGAUUAGAGAACUAUCCAGGUAUUACUGCACCCUUGAUCGCCUCCCUUCUCUUUCCCAGUUCGAAAACAGGCCAAAGACAACGACAGCAAACGAAGACGCGAACACUCAGUCACCUCGCUUGUCCUCCGACAUCACACUCACCGCUUUGAGCCAAUUGGCCGUGUUGCGUUUCGGGUGCAAUCGAGCCUUCAUCUCCAUCAUCGAUAAUGGGAACCAGCACAUUAUCGCCGAGGCUACCGGCUCCAUCUCUCUGCGGAACAAGGACCAUCACCUCCCAGACGAUGCCAUUUACCUGGGAGUCCGAUCGAUCGAUCUGGCGUGGGGGGUUUGUCCGCAGACCAUAUUUUUUUUCACCGGCCAGGACAUGUCCAAAGCGGUUGAGACGCCCAAUAUGAUCGCGAACAGCUCCCGGUUUGUCGUCCAUGAUUUCUCUCAGGAGGACCUUUUCAAAGACCGCCCGUAUGUUGUAGGUUGGCCGUACAUUCGCUUUUACGCCGAGGUGCCUCUGUAUAGCCCCUCCGGCGUCGUGCUGGGGUCACUUUGUGUCGUGGAUAGCAAACCACGAGGUCACUUUGCGGAAGAAGAUGUGAUGGCCUUGAAAGAAAUCGCGGAUGCAGUAGCCUUGCAUCUCGACAAGGUCCGCAUUUCGAUUGAUCAUUCCCGGGCCGAGAAACUCAUUAAAGGUCUCACCAAUUUCGUUAAGGAUCAUGGAGAGUUCGACCCGGCCGAGGUGCGUCGUCCGAUCAGUCGACAAUCGCCGCUGCCAGCUUAUUGUGAUCAGCCUCCACCGGGUUCCCUGACGACAGGUCCGAUUGGCGAACGCACCGCAGAAAGCCCGAAUAUAAACGGGUCAGAUUCAUCAGUAGUCGAGUUAUCAUCCUUGUUCUCUGGAAUAACAUGCACAGACGAAACGAAGACGUCGUCUUCUUUCUAUAACCCAUCGCAGCCGGCCGCAACAUCCCUAGCGGAGAGGGUUCUGAGUUCUCGGGAAGUUACCUGCGAACAGAACGAACUGCCUACAGUGUCUGUGAGACGUUGCACCGAGAGUUCGCGCCGGAUUACUCAGGUCUUCGCUCGGGCGAGCGUCUCCCUGCGGGACUCCCUCGACUUGGAUGAGGUGCUGUACCUCGAUGCUAGUCGAUGUAACUCCGGCGUGGUUUUGUCCGACGAUUAUUCUCGUAGCUGGGAACCGCUUCCUACAAUGGCCAACCCAGAAUUCCUUGCCGACCCGGUACCCAGCCCGUUUGAUUUACCAGGGGUCGGAUCCUUAUCCAAGUCCGGAGAGAAGCCCUGUGAGGUGCUGGGUCGGGCGUCGAACACGCCGUCACAUGCGGGUUCCGCCACCGUCACGAUCACGGAAAAGUUGCUAAGUCAGUUAAUCGUUUCUUUUCCACAGGGGCAGUUUUUCAAUCUCCAUGAAUUCAUUGAAGAAGACCAACGCGACUCCGAUGGGCUGUUGACGCAGGACAACAGUCGGGAUGCAAGUUCGAACAUCCUGCGUGACAUCUUGGGACAGCUUCGUGAACGCCUCCCUGAUGCCUAUAGUGUUCUCUGGUCGCCUUUAUGGAGUUGGAGGGAAUCGCGAUGGGUCGCCGGCACUUUGGUCUGGUCUCGUGCUAGCGACCGUGCCUUAGGAGAGUACGACUUACCGUAUUUGAGGGUGUUGGGCGACUCGAUCAUUUCGGAGCUCGCGCGCAUUGAUUGGUCCACCACUCAGCAGUCAAAAUCCGACUUCAUCUCAUCAGUCAGUCAUGAACUCCGGUCGCCGCUGCAUGGUAUCUUGGCCAGCGCGGAGGUACUCGAAGGGACCCCUCUCCAACCGACCCAGCUGCAUUGGAUGAACACGCUCAAGGCCUGUGGCUUAGCCUUGUUUGAUACAUUGAACCAUCUACUAGACUUUACCAAGAUCAACAAUUUGACUACUCAGGAUACAUCAUGUGAGGAUCAGACAGAAGCCGUCGACGGUAGACUCAUCACGACCUUUGACUUAGCCAAUCUUAUUGAGGAGGUGGCAAGGGUACAAUACAUUGGCCAACAAGUACCGAAAGCAGCCUUACCGUUCGUGGAUCCCUUGCUGACUCCGAAGAAUGACAACUUCCCUAGUGAACUGACUGUCGUGGUUCGCAUUGAGGAACAGAAUGCAUGGAGGGUUGAGUCCUUGCCGGGGGUGUGGAAACGGGUUGUCAUGAACCUUCUUGGAAAUUCACUGAAGUUUACUAGUUCUGGCUUCGUGGAGAUCUGUCUUUCCAAGGUUAUGAGACAGUCUGACCCCGAAAAGGUUUUCGCUCAUCUUUCUGUCACGGACACAGGCAAAGGGAUCGAUCCAAUGUUUCUCAAAAACAAGCUCUUCUCCCCAUUCGCGCAGGAGGAUUCCUUGUCGGAAGGUCUGGGGCUAGGUUUCAGCAUCGUGCGUCAAUUGGUUACCUCAAUGGACGGACAUAUCAAUGUGAGGAGUGAGGUUGGGGUUGGCACGCAGGUUGAUAUUUACAUUCCAGUCCGUUUGUUGGCUAAUGAUAAUCCCUCAUCAAUUGUCAUCCCGAGCAUCCCAAUGAAGGCCUGUCUGGUCGGAUUUGAAGGCUACCCUGACAUCAGAGAAAGUCCCACAGGAAUCUUGCCAGUUGAAGCAAAACGGAAACUAGCCAUUCGAAGUUCAUUGGCACCGGUGUUGAUGGCACAACAUGGGUGGAAUGUCUCCACCGCCGAGUCUCUCGCGCACAGUUGCGGUGACGUUGCAAUUGUCGAAGAGUCAGAAUUCACUAAGGUGGCCACCGACGGUCAGUUACCGCUAGAGCUUCGCACGAAAACUGGAAUAAAUUGCUUCAUCCUUCUGAGUAGCUCCAAGCCUCUCUUACAAGACCUGCCGCCGAAUGUUAUCCGUGUUUCCCAGCCGUUUGGACCAGCCAACAUCCACGACGCGAUCCGAAGGAUACAAGAACUUCAUCUGAAGUUAUUGAAAGAUCACGACUUUCAUCUGGCUCCGGAAACGAACCCAGUUCCACCAAAACAGCCUGCCUUAGAGCUCGUUUUGCCAGCAAGUCCCGAAAAUCCUGCGGAUGUGGGAGUGACCCUACCUCCUAGCGCUCCUACGCAGCCACCCCAGCACACGAACAAAAUACAUUGUCUGCUCGUUGAUGACAACGAGAUAAACCUAAAGGCAAGUAACCAUCCGUCUUGCAUCACCCCUCCAUGUUUGGCAUACCUCUAGCGAUCAAUACCCCCUAGGCUAACGGCCAUCUGACCAGAUUUUGUCUACCUUUAUCCGCAAAUUAGGCUGUAGCUACGAUACAGCUCCGGACGGUCUGAUUGCCUUGAAUAAAUAUAAAGACUCCCGCCGACGAUAUGAUAUCGUCCUUAUGGAUAUAUCAAUGCCUGUAAUGGAUGGUCUUCAAUCGACAAGUCAAAUCAGACGAUUCGAAAAGGAAAUGAAUCUUCCCCCAUCGCGUAUCAUGGCCAUCACCGGUUUAGGCUCAGCGGAGACACUGGAACAGGCGCACGCCGCUGGGGUGGAUGACUACAUGGUUAAACCUAUCUCUCUAAAAGCCUUGAAGAAAGUGAUGAAGCUUGCGUGAUGUGGUCUGUUUCUAUCUUGACGAAUCAUGUACAUGAUGCUGGGCAUCGGUUCUCAUGCGAUGGAAUAUCAUAACGUGUUCUAUGUGCAUAUCAUCUUAGAUAAUCAUGUUAAUAGCUAUAUGUACACCGGAUUUUCUAGACAGCUCGAAGGCUUUCCCUUUCCGUUUUAUUGCUCAUCCCUCGC